AUGGUCAAACAUUGUAUGAUUUGUGGCAACGUCGAAGGCGUGGAUGGCGUUUCAGUGCAUGGUUUUCCAGCAAAUGUCGAUCGGAAGCGUCAAUGGGUGAUGUUCACCGAGGACAAUGGUGUCAAUGCUCGACAGAUAUUGGCUCACUCCAAGCUCUGUUCAAGGCAUUUUGUUGCCGGUCAUGAUUACUACGGAGGAGCCGUACAUCGCCGUCGACUAACUGUUGGAGCAGUGCCGUCAGUAGUGCUUGGGGACGUCGAGAUGGAAGAAAGAGAGCACGUGGAGGUCGUCGGCGUCCCAGUGGAGGGUGUGGAGUACGUGGAAGUCGUUGGCGUCCCAGUGGAUGUAGGGGAUGAUGUGGAAGGAGUAGAGGUGGUGGAGGACAUUGAAUUUGUCGAGGUCCUGAUGGAAGGUGUGGAGGAAGUGGAGGACGAGGUAGUCCAGAUGGAAGUGGUAGAGGACGAGGUGGUCCAGAUGGAAGUGGUGGAGGACAUGGAAUUUGUUGAGGUCCAGAUGGACGGAGGGGAUGACGUGGAAGUGGUAGAAGUCCAGAUGGACGGAUGGGAGGACGUGGAAGUGGUAGAAGUGCAGAUGGACGAAGUGCAAGCGGAACUGGAGUUUGAGGACAUGCUCGACGAGUUGCAGCCAGACGUCGACGAAGAGUUCCAACCACUUGCCGUGGAUGAACAACCCCGAGGGCGUGCGCAAAUAAUUGACAGGCAGGCAGGCGUGACACACCCGCUUCCAGAGCGGCACAACGCGGGCGCGUUAAACAGAAUCUGCACACAGUGUAACGCCCGCCACUUCGAAGGCGAGGUUGUGGGCCGGGAUGCCAAUAGGCACUUCUCCACUUGCUGUAACAACGGUCAAGUGACCGCUGCAGGACAACACGCGUUGUUGCCCGCCCCUUUUUUACUAAUGAGUUUGUUGAUUGGAGAUUCACAGGAUAGUCGUAGAUUCCGAGACGACAUUCGCCGGUACAACAACGCCCUGGCAUUCGCUGCGUUUAGCUGUGGCACAAACGACAGGCGUUUGCGAGGGCGUGGACCGCGAACGAUGUGUAUCCAAGGCCAAACUUAUCAGAGGAUAAAUAAUGACGUGGCCGUUGACCGAGUAGAUGCCAACUACUGUCAGUUGUAUUUCCUCGAGUCCGCAGAGGCCAACACCCGCCGCGUUGGGAUGGCUCUGCAGAGAAAUCAGCGUGAACUGUCCGUAGUUGUGAUGGGACUAUUGGACGGUUUUCUGCGGGACGUAAAUCCGUACGCAAUGGCUUUUAAGAACAUGCGUGAGGUGUGGCUGGCAGAAAGAGACCUAGCCGAUGCCGAUCCCGCAGGUGUGCGACCUAGGCCAGUGACGAUGCAUUUUGUCCGAGAUGCGGCCCGGGACGACGGGCGAAACAACCUGCCUACCGCAAACGAAGUUGCGGCCGUGUUCGUAGGUGAAGGGGGUCGUCCGCCAAGAGACAUUAAUCUGGUCAUCUACGAUACGAAUCCAAUCAACCCGCAACACAGGAUGCAAACCAUACCAGCGGGGUCGUGUCACUCGGAUCCGAUGUUGUAUCCGCUGUUUUUCCCGUACGGCGAGGCCGGUUGGCAUAACGGGAUGUUGCAAGCGGGCAACCGACGAAACAAUGUCCGCAAUCGCAACAGUAUCAGAGAGUUUGCGUGCUACCGUUUGGCUGUUAGAUAUCAGGGAAAUAACGACCAAAGACAUGAACUGUUUAGUUUGUUACAUCAGGGUCGGUUCUUGUUGCAGAUGUAUGUGUGCGACCAGUAUGUUCGAAUGGAGUCGAAUAAUCUGAACUACAUACGUUUGCACCAGAGGGAUCUCCUCGCCGAAGCGUAUCAAGGGCUCAUGGACCAUGUGAACCAACAGCUCCACAUCGAUCCCAUGGCGGUCGGGCGUAGGAUCAUAUUGCCGUCGACGUUCACGGGUAGCGACCGAUUCAACAAGAUGAAUUAUCAAGACGCCAUCACCGUAGUGCGUACCAAAGGGAAACCCGACCUGUUCAUAACGUUUACGUGCAACCCCAGGUGGCCAGAGAUCACUGAAAACCUGGCUGCCCACAGCACGGCAAGCGACAGGCCGGACCUGGUGGCCAGAGUGUUCAACAGGAAGCUACAGGAGCUAAUAGGUGACAUAACUGUAAAUCGUGUGUUUGGUAAUGUCGGCGCUUACGUGUACACUAUAGAGUUUCAGAAACGUGGUCUGCCCCAUGCGCAUAUACUGAUAAUCCUGGCGGAGGACUGUAAGUUCCGUACGGCCGAGGACGUGGACGACGUGGUUUGCGCCUUCUUGCCGGACCCCGCAAUCGACAGGCGCUUACACGACUGCGUCAAGUCUCACAUGAUCCACGGGCCGUGUGGAACAGUCAAUCCACAGUGUCCGUGCAUGGUGGACAACAAAUGCUCCAAAGAUUUCCCGAAAGCGUACGCAGAGGAGACUGUGUACGUUGCGGACGGCGGAUAUCCAAAGUACCGCCGACCGGAUGACGGCCGGGUGGUACUUGUGAGAGGUCGUGAGGUUGGUAACGAGUGUGUAGUGCCGUACAACCCUUACCUUCUGGCCAAGUAUGACGCGCACAUCAACGUCGAGAUAUGCACGUCCAUAAAGAGUGUCAUGUAUAUCUACAAGUAUAUAUACAAGGGACACGACCGUGUGACGUUGGAAGUUCAGGACCAGGAUGAGAUUGCCAAUUACGUAAACUCAAGAUAUGUCAGCCCACCAGAAGGCAUCUGGCGGUUGUUUUCGUACAAAUUGCACGGCAAAAGUCACACGGUCGUCAGACUUCCUGUCCACCUGGAGGGUCGUCAGAACGUGUACUUUGCGCCGGGCCAAGGAGAAGAACGGCUACAGAACCAAGCUGUGCGUAGUACGAAACUCACGCAGUUCUUCGCGCUCAACACAACAGACGUGAAUGCUCGACAAUACUUGUACCAAGAAAUACCGACGCAUUACACCUGGCAGAUGCCACGUAAUCAAGAAAACGUACUCGUAAGAAAUGUCACCCAAUGGUUGCCGCGGCGGAUUCGGAUGGCAAACGUUACGUUGGCUCGGAUGUACAUAGUAAACCCACUGGACCGGGACCGUUUCCACCUGAGAUUGCUACUUCUGAACCGAAGAGGCCCGAAGUCCUUUCAAGACAUAAGGACGGUGGACGGGGUCGUUCACGAAACAUUCACGGCGGCUGCCGUUGCACUCGGAUUAUUGGAAGACGACCGAGCGUGGCGGGAUUGCUUGACGGAAUCGGCGACGUUGGACACACCGCGGCAGCUGCGGUAUCUGUUCGUCACUAUACUGGUGUUCUGCGAGCCCUCAAACCCGCUGGCGUUGUACGAGGCGAACGAAGCAAACAUGAUGGAGGACUUCAACCGCCGUCUCCAAGACGUCGACCGCGCGAGGGCCGCGUGUCUGGCGGCCAUCGAGGAUCUACUUCGUGUACACCGAAAAUCGCCGGGCGACUACGGUCUGCCCCUCGCCGACCCCCGUCUACUGGAACCGCUGCAGGACGACGCGCUGUUCCGGGCAAUAGACGCGGCGGCACGGUGGGCCCCACAAGUAGACGCCUUGAACGCCGAACAGCGAACGGUGUACGACCGCGUGAUGGCGGCCGUCGAUGACCAACGGGAGGUGGCGAAAACUUUCUUCGUCGACGGACCCGGGGGUACCGGAAAAACGACGCUGUACGGAUGCCUGAUAUGGGCGCUUCGGCACCGACCUCCGCAGCGGGAGGUGUUGUGCGUGGCGUUCACCGGUAUCGCCGCGUCGCUCAUGGACGGCGGCAUGACCGUACACUCGACGUUCGGACUGCCUUUCGGCACGCUGACCGAAGACUCGACGUCCAGCGUCACCAUGCAGUCCGAGCGAGCGCAAAAGAUACGCAACGCGGCGCUCAUCGUCUGGGACGAAGCCCCAAUGUCGCCGGGACUGCAACUGACGGUGGUGGACCGCCUGCUCAGGGACGUCAUGGCAUCGGAAUUACCGUUCGGCGGUAAAACCAUGCUGUUCGCCGGCGACUUCAGGCAGAUAUUGCCCGUGGUCCGGAGAGGGACGAGAGCCGAGAUCGUCAUGUCGUCGAUCAAGGAAAACGGUCUUUGGCGCGUCAUGGAGCGCUUCAAUCUGGUCCAGAACAUGCGCGCGGACCACGACGCGGACUUUGCGACUUGGUUGCUUGAGCUCGGCAACGGCCGACUGCCCGCGGUCGACGGCGUUCCGAACACCGUGCAAAUCCCGCGGCAAAUGGUAUGCGACGUUGAUGAUUUGAUCGAUUUCGUGUACCCGCAGCAAAUGUCGUUGGCCAACGUCGACGAAUUCGCUCGGAGAAUCGUUGUGUGUCCCACCAACGAAGACUGUAGAGGUGUCAACAGGGACGUGCUGGAGCGCGUCGACGGUGCUCAGAUGAGCUACACCGCCGUCGACACCAUGAUGGCGGACGAUCCCGACGAAGUGGCCAAUUUUCCCACGGAGUUCCUCAACAGCUUGGAACCGGACGGCCUGCCGCCGUACCGGCUGACGUUGAAGGUGGGGUGCAUCGUGAUGUUGCUCAGAAAUCUCGAUCCGAGGAGACGACUGUGCAACGGUACGAGGUUGGUGGUCACCGAACUGCGGCGUCACAAUUUCAAGGCUAGGAUUUUGGGCGGUGAAGCACAGGACGACGACAUCGUCGUGCCCAAGAUACCGCUCACGUCCAGCGGCGAGGACGACCUGCCCAUCUUACUGCGGCGCCUUCAAUUCCCGGUGAGAUUGUCGUUCGCCAUGACCAUCAACAAGUCGCAGGGUCAGACGUUCGACCGUGUAGGUUUGUUACUGACGUCGCCUGUGUUCACGCACGGGCAACUGUACGUGGCGUUUUCGAGGGUGAGAAACGCACAGUCCGUGAGAGUCGGCAUGUACGCCGAUGACAGCGGCCGAUUCGUCACCAAGAACAUAGUGUACAGGGAAGUUCUGUAA